GAAACCUUGAGGCGACGAGGCGACAAGGGACAAGGCCAAGAUUUGUUUGCGACUGCGCAACUCCAAAUCAACCACGUACCUGGAUAUAUCGUCGCAAUGAAUCCCGAAAGGAGAGCUAUGAUAUCGGGUCGGGACUCGCCUGCCAGAGAUAUCACCGCCCCGCGACGAGACCCAACUUCUCGCAUCUCAAAACCUGCACGCCCAACUCCCUCUGGAAACAGAACUCCCGACACUCGACCGGCUCGGAAUACCAACAACCUGGAAGAUGAUGAGCAAACUCGGCUGUGGGUUUCGCAGGAGGAUAGUUUUGUGUUAAAGCAGGCGAAGAAAAAGGCAGACAUUCGGGUUCGGGAAGGCAGAGCAAAGCCAAUUGACUGGCUCGCGGUCAUUCUGCGAGUCAUAGAUCCAGACAGAGAUCUGCUGGAAGAUGAUGAAGAAGAGGAAGUUCAGAUCGAUGUCGUGGAUCCCGAGGGUGUAUUCGAAGGCCUCAAUGAUGCCCAACUCGGAGAGCUAGAGACUGACAUCAACUCAUAUCUUUCCCUGGAGACGAAUGCGAAGAAUAAAGAUUAUUGGAAAACCAUGCACAUCAUCUGCAUCGACCGCCGCCAGAGAUUGAAGCCUCAAGGACCCGAAGGCCGUGCUGUCAGCUCGGUCGCCUCAGAUGUUGACAAGUUGUUGGGACCAAAGACAUAUGAGCAAUUAGAGGCAUUGGAGAAGCAGAUCAGAACCAAGUUGCAAUCAAACGAGCCGAUCGAUGUGGAUUAUUGGGAACAGCUCUUGCGAAGUCUGCUAAUAUGGAAGGCGAAGGCAAAACUAAAGAAGGUUUACCAGUCAGUUCUCGACAGUCGCCUGGAAACUCUACGAACGCAACAACUAGAGGAUGCCAAAGGCGUACAGACAAAAUUGCAGGAGAUCUUGAUGGGACCUUCUCCAGUGGUCGAAGAAGGAUCCGAGAAUAUGGUCCAGGACGGCAAUGUCUCACAUUUGAGCCGACGACAACCCAUUUUCCAGUAUGACUCGGCGCAUGAUCCAGAACCUCUUCUUAAAUUGCACAACGAGGAUAAAUCAAGUGACGUGGUGGAUGAAUCUGUAUUUCUGCGAAAGGUCGUGGCAGAGCGUCGCAAAAUUUUGAAACUUGGUUAUGUCCCCUCGCGACAGCUAUCUGCGGAAAAAGCAAGCUCAAUCUCGGUUGCCAGAACGGCCCAAGUAUCUACAAGCACCGCUCCUCCAGGGACUCAACGCUUUUCGACAAUUGUCAGUGAAGACUUCUCACAAGCUACCAAAGCAUUGUACGAACGCGAAGUUGCUCGAGGAGUCAACGAGGAUGAAGAAAUCUUUACCGGCGAAGAAUCUGUGGCAACUGCGGCCAAACCACAAUGGGCAGACAAAUACCGACCGAGGAAACCUCGAUACUUUAAUCGUGUGCAGAUGGGCUACGAGUGGAACAAGUACAACCAGACGCAUUAUGACCACGACAAUCCACCACCAAAGGUAGUUCAAGGUUAUAAAUUCAAUAUAUUCUAUCCAGACCUCAUCGACAAGGCCAAAGCACCCACGUUCAAAAUCAUUCGGGAACAUGGUCGAAAACGCGGCGAAUCCUUUGCUCCAGCCGGUGAGGAGGAUACUUGCCUGCUUCGAUUCAUCGCAGGACCACCCUACGAAGAUAUCGCAUUUCGCAUCGUUGAUAAAGAAUGGGAUUACAGCGCAAAGAGAGACCGCGGUUUCCGAAGCAGUUUCGACAAGGGUAUCCUCCAACUGCACUUCCAGUACAAAAAGGUUUAUUAUCGAAAGUGA